GGAUAAUAAGUUUCCUAUAAAAUGGCUAUGUUUUUCUUCCAAAAUGAAUAUGAUAAUAUGCGUCCAAACAAGUUUUCAUUGAAACAACGAAGCAACAAUCCCUUCACACUCUAACUCUACACUAACACACACAUUUCAGUUGUUCACACUUCACGGUUGCACAUGUCGUCAUUCUUUGUAUCUAGGAGUACUGUGGCUAUUGAUGUUUCUUACAUCUUGCAUCAUCUCCAGGAGUGAGGACUAUGCACACUGUUUCCGACUAGAAUGAUGUUAUCCGCUUGUAUGAUAAGUGCCCAAGUUAUAUCUCUUGAUUAUAUCAGUUCAAGACUCUCCGAAGUUGGUCUCGCUACAUUCUUUUACAAAACCGCAUUCGGCCAGAAGCAAUGCUCUCCGUGUUUCUCCUUUCAUUUUGCUCAUCCUUGUUUAAUGGUCCAUUUCAAGAGGAAGACUCCGGUUAGAAGCAGCAUAAACGACAGCAGUUUUAGUCCUUCAAAUGGAACUAACGGAAGGACGCGCAUAAUUAGAGUUAUUCAAGAGUUUCGGACUAAGUUAGGUUCUAAAAUUGAGAAGGUAAGGAAAAAUCUUCCAAUGAAGCUUCUUUUCUUCUUGGUUGGAUUUUAUUGUGCAACCGCCUUUUCCACUGUUAUCGGACAAACCGGUGAUUGGGAUAUUCUAUGUGCGGCCUUAGCUGUUUUUGUUGUGGAAGGCAUUGGUGCUCUCAUGUAUAGUUCUUCUCUUCCUUUAGUUACCAAGAGCCUGAUAUCAGUGUUUAAUUAUUGGAAAGCUGGCCUUACAUUGGGACUUUUCUUGGAUUCAUUCAAAUAUUAGUUUGAUUUUAUAUUGGAUGCAUCAAUACCUACCACGAAAAUCAGAGUUUCUACGUGGUUUUUCAUGACUGGCAUCUUUUACGCAAUUGAUUCGGUGGGUUUUCAUCGCAAGCAAGGACAUUGACGUCGUUUAAGGUUAAUUAUCUGUAACUUAUAUAGCACCGACACUUCAGAUAGAAGGUAUGUUUGGUGUUCGACACUGACACAUGUGGUACAUUCAAUAAUACCAUUUUCUCAAAUUAUUACCGGUGUCAGUUUCGUGUCUGUGUUUGUGCUUCAUAAUCGGUAACUCUAUUUAUGAUCAGCUUAGCAAUGGCUUUGAAUGUGGAACAUUAAAGGACAUUGGCACAUUCGACAACAUAAUUUAAAUUUUUCAUGUUAAUCUUCAUCGGGUUCUGCUCAGUUAGGGAAAUCACCUCCCUCGAUUCCAAGUUCCAUCCUUUCAUUCGUCUUGGCAUCAAAUCCUUCUUACUGAGAUCCUUUCCUAGAUAUUCAUUCUGCAACAGUAUUCUGCCAAAUUGGAGCAUGAAGAGGUUCAAUUCUAUGUUGACUGCUAGCAUGGAUGAUGGUAUUUGUGAAAUUGCAUACCUUUUGCACUCUUCCAUACAUAGAAAACUCGAGCUGCUGUCAGAUUGGUGACCUAGUUCAAUACGAAUCGUGCAAUUCAGCUCAAAUACAUCUUCAGAUAAGUUGAUUGUGUAUCAUCUUUAUUGUUUCCUGCAAGAAGUACAUUUUUUUUUAACAAUACAUCUUUAUAUAAUGUCAUUUGUUGAUUCAUUUAUUUUAUUGUUUAUACCAGUACAAUGCUUGUGGAUCUUCUGAAUA